AUGGUCUACAUUAGGGAGCAAGAGCGGGGUCCGCUUUGGUCUUCCUCAGUCAGCCGUCUAGCGCGCACACCAGGCCGCCGCUCUCCGACCCGCGCGGCCUCAGCUCGCGACGGGCAUAGGGGUUGGGCCAAAUCAGAUAUCCCUCCGCCUUCCACACUGCGCAGGCGCCUGGCGAGUCAAACGCACCUACGCACGGACCUAGCCCUGAAGGAGGCAAGGCGCAUGCGUAAAUCCCCACCUCGCUUUCGGUUGCCUGAAAUUUACCCUAGCCAGCUAGCGGCGGCUCUCGAUCAGUGCGCAUGCGUCAAUGAGAACUGUGUGGUAACCCUCCGCCGCCUGUUCCCUGCUCGGCUGAAUGGUUCCAGCCUUGUGCCUGGGCCGCCACCCCGCCUGCCCUUCAAUGACCCGUUCUUUGUGGUGGAGACGCUAUGCAUCUGCUGGUUCUCCUUCGAGCUGCUGGUGCGCCUGCUAGCCUGCCCGAGCAAGGCCAUCUUCUUCAAGAACGUGAUGAACCUCAUCGAUUUCGUGGCCAUCCUGCCCUAUUUUGUGGCACUGGGCACCGAGCUGGCCCGGCAGCGGGGUGUGGGUCAGCCGGCCAUGUCCCUGGCCAUCCUGCGGGUCAUCCGGUUGGUGCGUGUCUUCCGCAUCUUCAAGCUGUCCCGGCACUCGAAGGGCCUGCAGAUUCUGGGUCAGACGCUUCGGGCUUCCAUGCGGGAGCUGGGCCUCCUCAUCUUCUUCCUCUUCAUCGGGGUGGUCCUCUUUUCCAGCGCAGUCUACUUUGCUGAAGUUGACUCUGUGGAGACCCAUUUCACCAGCAUCCCCGAGUCCUUCUGGUGGGCUGUGGUUACCAUGACCACGGUUGGCUAUGGAGACAUGGCACCCGUCACUGUGGGUGGCAAGAUAGUGGGCUCUCUGUGUGCCAUCGCCGGCGUGCUGACCAUUUCCCUGCCUGUGCCUGUCAUUGUCUCCAACUUCAGCUACUUUUACCACCGGGAGACAGAAGGCGAGGAGGCCGGGAUGUACAGCCACGUGGACACACAGCCCUGUGUCAACCUGGAGGGCAAGGCCAAUGGGGGGUUGGUGGAUGGAGAGGUGCCUGAGCUGCCGCCUCCACUCUGGGCCCCCCCUGGGAAACACCUGGUCACCGAAGUGUGAGGGGCCAUUGAGGUCUGCAGGACCUCGUGUCUCCCUGGAGGAAGGAAGGGGGAGGGAGGCAGGGGAGGGGAUGGGGUUUAGGAAGG